CUCCUUGGUAACUCAAUAGUUUCUCAUUUUUGACAUGUGACAAAUUAUUCAAUAAUAAUUAUGACACAAACUAUAGAUUUAAAAGUUAAUCGUCAUUUAAUUGAUUCUAAGUUUGAAACAUAUUAUUUAACAACUCAAGAGGUUGAUAUUAAAUCUGUGCCUUUAAAUGAUCCAGUUGAUGAAUUGACUUUAGAAGAUAAACAGCUUUAUAGCUACCUUCAUUUCUCAGCCUUUUCUAGAGAUUUCAAUUAUUUGUUUACCGAUCCUUUCGAUGAUGACCCCAUAUGUUACUACAUUGACAGUAUUUUCAAAAUAUGGAGAAUUGAAAUUGACCAACUUAAAGACCAAAUUACUUCUCCAGUGUGUUUAUUUGAGGUGACUGAUGGUGGUCAAGCCAAAUCAAAUGACUCCCUUACUACUUUACUAUUCCCGUCUAAAGAUAUUGCGUUGAUUUUAUUUUCUCAAUGCUCAACCGAGGGUCUUGGAGAGGGAAUUUUAAAAUUGUUGGUUGUCUCAACUGAAGAUCGCCAGUCACAACCAGCUACUUGGAAAGUCGUUAAUUCAUUUAAUUUGAGCGAUGAAACAUCCUUUGGAUCAUGUUGGCAUAAUGAUCAGAAAACUGCUAAAAAAUUCCCCUGUCCAGCUAAGCUGAUUACAGCAAAUUACCGGUCCGAAAACGAUUAUGAUAUCUUGGAAGUUGUUAUACUCACUGUCAACAAAAAUAACGACGAAAAAUUUGAAUGUGUGUUGAAUCUUUUACAGCUGAAUAAACUGAAAUCAGAAGAAUCAAAAGAAUCAUCUGUAUGGUCGAUUCAAAGAUUACAUCAACUUACUGGGCAAUCAUACCCUUCAUACAUCGAAAUUGACCAUGAAGACAAGAACACUCACCUCACAAUUGUCUCAGAAAAGCACUUCAAAACUUCUUUUGAUUCGCGUGAAGAUGAACCUGUUAAUCCGGAAACCAAAGAUUCUAACGUGGAGUCAGACCAAGAUAAAGGAAAUAUGUAUGUCUUUUAUCAAAAUGAUUCUGAGAUUACUGUUGAUUUCAAAUUACCAUUGGAUAUCGAAGCUAAUCAAAUAAAAGUCAAUUUCGGAAUUGACGAGAUGGAAAUUUACAUCCGUGGGGAGAGAGUAUUCAAGGAAAAACUUUGGCAAGAAAUAGAUCGUGGGGAAUGUACUUGGACAUUGGAUAAAAGUUCAAAAGAUUACACAAAAGAUAAUGUAUCAAAUCUACAAAUAACACUAAUCAAGAAACAAGAUGACCAAAUAUGGUGCCAAUUAAUCAAAGGAGAAGAGCAAGGUUUUCAAUUAAUGACUUCAGAGAGAUCUGCAGCUUUUCAAGAUUUAUCCAUCUUAGCUUCUGGUUUGAGUGGCUUUGAUAGAUUAAAGUCAGUUUCUAGUUAUAUUCCCUCAUUAACUGGUAAUGAGCAAUGUGAUGAAGUUAGUGAAGACUUGGUUCUUUUCCGAUACAAUUGUCAUACAAAAAAUUUGACUCAUCAAGCUUUCCUAGCUGGACAUCAAUGGUUAUUUUCUCGUAAAUUUGAUGCUGACCAUUUACCUUGUUUUGCGUUACGCCAUGAUAUCGAUGCACUGAUAUGGGAACCAAAAGCAAAAUCAAAGUUUCAUGUUGAACAUAUUGCUACUUUUUCAGCUCUUGGCUAUGUUCAAGCUUCUAAAGAAUCGAAAAAAUUCCUCAACUGUUCACCUGAUUUUGAUUAUGCAUUCAUAGCUGAUUCAAACAAUCAUAUUUAUAUUUAUAAACAGCCUGCUCUAUGUGAAGGAGUGGUUAAUAGGAAAGCUGGUGUCCGACCAAAGAUUGCCAAACAAAAGGUCAUUAAUCUUGGCUGUGAAUUUGUAAAGGUUUUGGGCGCUAUUGCGUUCAAAGGAUAUUUAGUGGUUCUCAGUUCUAAGAAAAUCUUUUCAAUCAAAGUAAAUUUUUAACAAGCAUGAAAUGCACCUAUUUUUAUUAGUCUGGGUUUAAUUAAAAAAUCAAUCUAUGAUCAAUAAAAAAUGUUAUUAAAAUAA